GGCCGGAAGUGCCCCUGGGCGGAUGGGGGAAGCGGGCAAGAGCUCCGUGCUUGGCGACUGCAGGACGCGGAGGUGGGAGGCGGGUGAUUUGCCUAAGUGAAAGGGAAAAAGCUCGGAGCCCCAUACGACAGCUUCACGCAUGCGUACAACAGACCGGCUAGGAGCCGGGAAAGCAGUGUGCGGCCUCGGUCGCGGGAAGGGGGACAGUCACUUCCCGGAAGAGGCGGGGCCGUGUGGGAGAACGCGCUGAAUUCGAAGUGUUUGCAGGGAGCUUUCCGGGUCAAGAUGCUAAGCCCCAAAGGCUAGUCUUCAAUCGGGAAUGGAAAGAGCAAGUUUUUCCUUUUCUCUUUCUUUUGUUUCUUUUUCUUUCGUUUUUGUUUUUGUUUUUGCGAAGAGAAAAUCUAGAAGCUUGGAGGCAGCGAUAGUUAGGAUUCAGGCCAAACUGGUAAAUGACGGAAGGGCGUCUUUCAAAGCCAAGGAGAAGGGGUUGUCCCGAUAAUCACCAAAAUGGGAGUGAAUGACUUGUGGCAGAUCCUGGAGCCUGUUAAAGAGCACGUCCUCUUGCACAGUCUCAGUGGGAAAACCAUUGCAGUUGAUCUGAGUCUCUGGGUAUGUGAAGCACAGACAGUCAAAAAAAUGAUUGGAACCGUCAUGAAGCCCCACCUCAGGAAUUUAUUUUUUCGUAUUUCAUAUUUAACGCUGAUGGAUGUAAAACUGGUGUUCGUUAUGGAAGGGAAACCCCCAAAGCUGAAAGCUGAUGUCAUGAGCAAGAGGAAUCAGAUUCGGUAUGGGCCUUCUGGAAAAACAUGCUCUCAGAAAACAGGGAGGUCACAUUUUAAAUCAGUUUUAAAGGAGUGUCUUGAUAUGCUGGAAUGCUUAGGAAUUCCCUGGGUCCAGGCUGCUGGGGAAGCUGAAGCCAUGUGUGCUUACCUCAAUGCCAGUGGUUACACAGAUGGCUGCCUCACCAAUGAUGGAGAUGCUUUUCUUUAUGGGGCCCAGACUGUCUAUAGGAAUUUCACUAUGAACACCAAGGACCCACAUGUUGACUGCUAUACGAUGUCAUCUAUCAAGAGUAAACUAGGUUUGGAUAGAGAUGCUCUGGUUGGGCUGGCAGUACUACUUGGCUGUGAUUAUCUUCCAAAGGGUGUCCCUGGAGUUGGAAAAGAACAAGCACUAAAACUUAUAAAGAUUUUGAAUGGGCAAAGUUUACUUCAGAGGUUUAAUCAGUGGAAUGAAAAAUCUUGUUACUCUAAUUCACAACCACCAGUUGUUAACAAACUCGCUCAUUGCUCUGUGUGUUCCCAUCCAGGUUCACCUAAGGAUCAUGAACAUAAUGGAUGCAAAUUAUGUAAAACUAAUCGGUAUUGUGAACCACAUGAUUAUGAAUACCGUUGUCCUUGUGAGUGGCACCUUGCAGAACAUGAUAGGCAACUAAACGCAGUAGAGAGCAGUAUUAAGAAGAAAGCUUGCAGUUGUGAGGGAUUCCCAUUCCAAGAGGUUAUUCAAGAAUUCCUUUUGAAUCAGGAUAAAUUGGUGAAGGAAAUCAGGUACCAAAGACCUGAUUUAUUAUUGUUUCAGAGAUUUACGCUUGAAAAAAUGGAAUGGCCCAAUCACUAUGCAUGUGAGAAAUUGUUGGUGCUGUUAACCCACUAUGACAUGAUAGAAAGGAAGCUUGGGAGAAGGAACUCUAACCAACUACGGCCAAUCCGAAUCAUUAAAACUCGAAUUAGAAAUGGAGUUCAUUGCUUUGAAAUAGAAUGGGAAAAGCCUGAACAUUAUGCUAUGGAAGAUGAACAUGGAGAACUGGUUCUGCAAACGAUAGAAGAAGAAUCAUUGUUUGAAGCAGCUUAUCCUGAGAUUGUUGCUAUUUAUCAAAAACAAAAGUCAGAAAUUAAAGGGAAGAAACAAAAAGGCAUGAAAAUUAAGUCCAAAGGAAGCAGUUUGCCAGAAUCAGAUAUUAUGAUGGGUUUUCAGUCACACACAACUUUCAAGCCCACAUGUGAAAUCUUCUCUAAACGGAGUUCCAAGUUAAAUUUGGGAAUUUCCCCCGAUUCUACGUUACCCCAGGAAUCUAUUUCUGCGUCAUUGGAUACCUUGCUUUUACCUGAAGAGGCUCCCUGUCUGGAUAGACAGGAACAGUUCGUAUCUUCUCUGAGACCUUCAGCUACACAGCAAAUUAAAGCUGUAACUGCAGAAUCUAGUCAACCCAGUACCUCAUCCCGUAGUAUAUCCACAAUUGCUGAUCUGCACUUGAGCACCAUUGACUGGGAAGGUACUUCUUUUAGUGAUUCUCCAGCGAUCCCAAAGAAUACUUUCUCUCAUGGUCCAAAAUCAGAGCUUGAGAUGGCUAUCCCUGAUAGCUUUAAAAAUAUCCCAGAGCAGUUGUCACGUGAAUCAGAAUGGUACACCACAAGCACUGAUAAAUUGUUGAAUUGGAAUCUUCAAAAGACUGCUCCAGAAGAGCCCCUGCUUUCUGGCAUUACUGGUUUGCAUCUUCAGGAUUUGCCUUUAAAGGAACGAAUACGUAUAAAAUCAUCAUACCCUCAGAAUAAUGUGCGACCAGAUGUUGGCCUAAAAACUUUGUCACUCCUUACUGUAAAAGAGCGCUGUGUUGCUAACAGUAGUUCCGAUGGCCUAUCACAUCUUUCAAAGGACCUUCUAGGAAUUCAUUUGCCAAAUGAAUCUAGAAACUGUAAAGUUCUAAAAGGAGACCAGCUGUUUCAAGAAAACUAUAAAGCAAAUACUUCUGUACCUUAUUCUCUCAAUAACCCAGUAGCAGGGACCUCCAAUGUUAGAACUGAACCAUCAAAUACUGCUUUCCAUCGUAGCAGAAAAGUGGAUGCACAAAUCACUGAGAAAAUUGUAAUGAAGAAGAGUGUUUGCCUUGAUAGACCUUCCUCUGAGGAAGAAAGUGUCCCAGAGUUUGGGAAACCUAAGUCCACAACUCGAAAAAUGAAACAGAGUUCUCAGCAGUAUAGCCCAGCUCGAUUCAAGAAAAAUGAUGGCAACAAAUUGAAUAACCCUAAGGCACGUAGUAGAGAAACUGAACAGUGUGUCCAGGUUUCUAAAACAGCUGGAAAUGAGGAAAACUCCUUCCCAGAUGCACCAAAAGUUUCUCUGAGUUUUCUGCAGUGUCACAAAGAAAAAGACGACUCUGGCACUUACUUGGAUAGUCCUCUUCCUUUAAGUCAGAGAUUAAAACUAAGGUUUCAAAACACUUGAAAUGAAAUUUCGAAUAUUCAGAUAUAAAUCAGCAUUCUAGUGGCAUUAGCAGAAGCAGAGGGAAGGUAUCUAGUUUAUAGCAGAAAAAUUUAAUGUGGUUUUAUAUGUUGUGAGUCCCUUGCAAUCAAAACUGUGAUAAGAAAAAUUGUUACCUAAAACUUUGAUUUUAAAAAACAGUCCUCUGUAGUGAAAACUUCAGGUGAUGUAUAUUUUUAUAACAUACUUUUGCCAUUUUAAAAAAUAAUCUUUAUUAUUCCUUUGUUAUAUUCUUAAAAAGUUAGUGCAGUACUAGACAGAAUAAAUGCUCCCUCCAUUUCCUCUUUUUCGCUCAUUGCUUCCACAGGCCUCUAAAGCAUUUUUUGACAUUCCAGCUUGUUCCCAAGAGGAUAGCUCUUCAUAAUUGCCUACAUUCUCAGAUUGUCUUCUAUUAUACCUUCCUGAGAGUGACAUUUUCUCUCAAUGUGAAGAUACUUCCAGUUGCCUUCCCAGCUUCAGUAAUCUUAUUCUCUUUUGUGAGGGACAAAAAAAAAAAAAAAAAAGGAAAAAGUGGAAGAUGAUCACUAUAUGUAGUAAAAAUUAUGGUUAUUGUAGCAGAAUAAACUGAGGAAAGCUACUUCUUAAAUAUCCCAAGUUCACAGGUCUGCCAAGUGGAAGAAGAUUUGGAAAAUAGAUUGUAUAACCAGAGAGGGUUAGAAACUUGCUCAGGAUCACACAGCUAAUUAAAUAGUGGUGGGGAAUCCAGAUUUCUUGCCUCUCAAUUCAUUGGUUUUUCCUGUGUUCUUUUUCUUUUAUAGCACUUUUUUCUUUCCUUUUUGUUUUAAGAUGAAUCUAUACAAUAUUGACUUCAGUACUUCCAAAUAUUAAGUUGUACAUUAAUCUAUUUAGCACUCAAAAAAGUCUAGAAGGAGCCAGAUUGGAAAGGAAAAAAUAAAACGGUUGCUACUUGCAGAUGACAAAAUCAUGUAUUUACAAAAUUCUAAAGAAUCCAUUAAAAACUAUUUGAAUUGAUAAAUGAGUUCAACAAUGUUGCAGGAUACAAGGUCAGUACAUAAGCAUCAAUUGUAUAUCUGUGCCCCCACGAUGAAUAAUACUAAAUGAAGUUAAGAAAAUUCUUUUUGCAGCAAUAUCAAAAAGAAUAAAAUACUUCGGAAUAAAUUUAAUAGAAAUACAAAAUUUAUACUCUGAAAAGUACAAAAAUCAUUGAAAGUAAUUAAAGAAAACCUAAAUAAAUAAAAAAAAUCCCAUGUUCAUGUUCAUGGAUCAGAAAACUUGAUAUUAAGAUGGCAAUAUCCUCCAACAGAUUCAGUGCAAUCCCCAUCAAUCCCAGCUGAUUUCUUUCUAGAAAUUGAUAAGCUAAUUCUAAAAUAUAUAUGGAAAUUUAAGGGACACAGAAUAGGCGAAAAAAAUCUUAAAAAAAAAACAAAAACAAAAGGUAGGAGAGGACUUGCCUUUCCUGAUUCUGAUUUCAAAACUUGAUGACCACAAAGCUAUAGUAAUGAGAAAGUAUUGAGUGGCAUAAAGGUAGACAUGGAGGUCAGUGGGAUAGUGCUGAAGAUCCAGAAAUACGUCCUCCCAUUUAUGCUCAGUUGAUUUUCAACCAGACUGCCAAGACAAUUUAAUGGGGAAACAGUAGUCCGAGCAAACGCCACUGUUAACAACUGGCUAUCCACAUGCAAAAUAAAGUUUGGUCUCGACCUCAUACAAUAUAUAAAAAUUAACACAAAAAAUGGAUUAGAGACUUAAAGGUAAGAGCUAAAACUAUAAAAUUCUUAGAAGAAAACAUAGACAUUAAUCUUUGUAACUUUGAAUUAGACAAGGGUUUCUUAGGUAUGACAUCAAAGCUCAGACAAGAAAAAAUAAAUCGGACUUCAUCAGAACUAAAACCUUUCGUGUUUUAGAGGACAUCGUUAAGAAAAAGAAGACACAUUACAAUGGGAGAAAAUAUUUGGGAAUCAUAAAAGUAAUAAAGAGGCUUGUAUCUAGAGGGACUUGUAUAAAGAACACAACUCAAUAAAAAGAACUUAAGGAGAGUGUAGCUCAGCAGAGUACAUGCCUAGCAUGCACAAGGUUCUGGGUUCAGUCCCCAGUACCUCCAUUAAAAAAUAA